UCUUCCUCCGUUCCUGAUUCACUCAGCUGAGGUUGGACCUUGCAGUAAAAAAGUGGUUAGACUUACGAGCCCGGGGUCUGCUGAACGCCUGUGUCGCGCUUUUUUGUUUCCUCACACUGCUGUUUACACGCUGUUUUGAUCCGCAUGCCGACCUUAGCCUCAGACCAGAGCAGCUACGUGGGAAUCUGUGAGGUGAUGAUGGAGAGGAACAGGUACAAUGAUGGGAAGCCCUGCUCCUCCACUCUGGAGUAUCAUGACCUUGAGGCAGCUGAGGCUCUGGUGUGCAUGAGCUCCUGGGUUCAGAGGUCACACAAAGCCCGCCCACUUACCCCAACCUCAGACUCAUGUGACUCACUUAGUCUACACCCUGAAACCCUGGAGUCCCCCAAAGAUCUCGUUUCCCUCUCUUCACUAUGCAUGACCCCACCACACAGCCCCAGCUUUGCUGAGACCUCAACCACAUCUGCUAUCAUCAGCACCAUGCCUCCUCUGGCCUGCUCAGGCCUUAAAAGUGUCUCAUUGCCCAGAAUGUGCCCUGCCUUGACCAACAAGGCAGAAACUCCCUGCAGUCUACAGGCUGGCAUUGCUACAUUCCUACCUAACUCCAUUCCACCUCAGCCGUCUGAGCCUGGCACACAAUGCAGGGCCACUAGUGUGAUUCGACACACUGCAGACACGUCUCUGGAUUAUCACAUUAGCACAGGACUGGAGUGUCCUGGGUCUUCAGAAAGCCCUGCGCAACAGACUGAGAUCACCUCUGAUUCUACAGCCCAGAUCAACAUUCUGACUGAAACACAGCCAUACAUUAGUACUACAAAUUCUACUGCAGAUGUGGAGAGCACUGCACCCUCAGCCACCUCUACAAGCCCUUCCACUCCUGCAUCACAAGCCUCUUCAUCCAUGCCUCAGUCUCCCUUGACCAGUCCAGUGCUGUGCCAGGUAUUUCCUGUGAACGGGCAGACUGGAAUCAUCUCUGCCUUUGUUCAGACCCACGUUCAGAUGCAGAGCACUGGGACGAAGCCCAUUCUUUCCCAGUCCACCUCUUUCUCACAGCCUCUUCUAAUGGGUCCAUCAAUGGCUCAGGGUACAGUGAUGCUUGUAGUCCCUCAGACAUCAGUGUCUCCAGCUCCACCUUGCCAACAAAAUGUUGUGACCGUUGGCAACACUAAGCUCCUCCCCCUUGCCCCUGCACCAGUCUACAUACCCUCAAACCAGAAUGGGGCCACCACACACACCGACUUCUCUCGCAGGCGCAACUAUGUCUGCAGUUUUCCAGGAUGUAAGAAGACAUACUUCAAGAGUUCUCACCUCAAAGCUCAUCUGAGAACCCACACAGGUGAAAAACCUUUCAGUUGUCAUUGGGACGGCUGUGACAAAAAAUUUGCACGAUCCGAUGAGCUUUCCCGGCACCGCCGCACUCACACGGGUGAGAAGAAAUUUGCGUGCCCUGUGUGUGACCGACGUUUCAUGCGAAGUGACCACUUGACCAAGCACACUCGCCGUCACAUGACCACCAAGCGUUCUGCAACAUGGACCACCGAUGUGCGUGAGCUGAACAAGACGGCCUCUACUCAGCGUCCGUCAUCACAGUCUUCUGUCUCCCUCAGUGUCCUCGUACCUGCCUCAAACUAGGCCUAAACAAGGGCCACUCUUUCACCUCAGGACAAUCUCCCUCCCACUGACCAUUGUACAGGGGAAACAUGAAAACCAAGGCUGCUACAUAUCCAUGUACAAAAAAGAGACGGUUGCACUGGAUUUCCUACCAUUUGUUGUUGUUUAUAAGGACCUUUUUCUUUUUUUUUUAUAUAUAUAUAUAAGUUAUCCCAAAAUGUAUGCACUUCAUUUGCCAAAGUCCUUGUUGGUUCAUGUUACAUUAUUCUAUGCCAUUGUAUAUUUGUACAUAAAUGUAACUAUCUAUAUGAAUGUAAUGUGUAUUCAAACGUGCAUUUAUUGGCAAUAUAUAAAUAAAUGUUAAGUUUCUGUCAAAUGAACAGUAUUCUUACCUGUGAUACUACCUAUUAUCCCACUUUGAAUAUUAUUUAAUGACCAUUUGAAGAUUCAAAUAAACCUUCAUGUUUA